CCAAAAGAAGUAGAUGCAAAAUUUGCUUCUUUCGCUUUAUAACGAUUUCAUAGUGUACUGUUGUUAUACGCUCUAGACGAAAAGAGGAAUUAGUGAAAUAAAGUGAAGCUAUAAAUAUAAGUAGAUGAAAUCAUAAGGUGAAACGCACACAGCCAAUGAGCUGAAAAAAAGUAAAAUCGGUUGUUGGUUCUAGACUUCUAGCCUUAAGCGUCGAACGAUUUUGUAGAGCAUUGCGUUAGUUAAUUGCUCCGUAAAUUUAUAUCUCGUAUUUUAUACAGUGAGAAAGUUUCACAAAAAUAGCGAAAUACCUUGAAUUUGAAGAAUUGUGUGAAGUAAAAUAGAUAAACGGCAACAUACAACAUCCAAAGUGCUUUUUUAUUGCAGAACUCCAACUACGACGAUAGUGCUUGACUGUUUACGAGGAAAAUACAGUUUCCAAGAUGAGUAAAGAAGCCCCACCGGCGUACGGCUUCGUGCCUCCGCCUUCGGCGCCACCCAGUUACGCACAAGCAGUGGGCGGAGUUCCACCGGCCAGUCCUUACACGGCUAAUAUUCCACAGCCGACUGGGCCCUCUAUUAUCACAACGGUCGUCCCGGUAGGACCACAAACGACACACAUGAUCUGCCCAAGCUGCCAUGCCGAGAUUAACACACAAACGACGACCUCUCCGGGUUUAAUUGCCUAUGUUUCUGGAUUUUUGAUUGCGCUUUUUGGCUGCUGGCUCGGAUGUUGUUUAAUUCCCUGUUGCAUUGACGAAUGCAUGGAUGUUCAUCACACUUGUCCACACUGCAAAGCCUAUCUGGGACGACAUCGACGAUAAGUGCUCUCGACUCGAUUCUUCUCGAUUCCAUUGAUUGAUUGAAAUCUCUGCCACGAAUCCAUCCCUCACUACGGGAUACAUCACAUUAUCUGCAGGCGAAAUAUUGAUAAAAAAUUAAUCCUGGCCAUAGAAUUUACAAACUAUCAAAUAUUUAGUUGAUCGUGCCAUGGUCAAUUUUUUAAGGGUCUCCCGCCGCGCUGCAAUUUAAUUGUACACGCCCUGGAUGUAAUGAUGAUAAAAUGUAAUCUUAUGUUUGUUCUUGUUUCAAACGUUAAAUAAUAGAAACAUUUUGAUGAACUCGUUCUUGUCAAACAAAAUUGCUAACAAAUUCACGCUAACCGAAACUAGUUUGCAUCCAACUCAAUUCGAGCUCGCCAAUUCCGUGCAAUUAGAUAGAAAAUCUCGUGUGCGUACCACUGUGACUAAAACGCAAGCGCUAUUGUAGAUUUUUCUGUGGAAGUUCAGAAUUUUGAAACAUUCUCGGUGCAGAAUAUAUACAGUACAGAUUGCAGUUUUUUUCGAAAUCAUAAAAAAGAAUGCGAUACAGCGAAUAAGAAACUUGGUGCACAUAUUCUGGUAAAGAUUUCGGUACGGUUUUCCCAUAAACAGCCUUAUUAUUCGAUACAUCGUGUAGGUUUUACGAAUGAACGGCGUGUUGUUCUUCGAUAUGCCAGUAAAAAUCAAGCGAAAGAUCGAUUCGAGCGUAGUAUUCUAUAAUAAGGGUGGCAGAUACGGUUACAUUGAAUGCAAAUAUAAACAACACUACUUACGACUAAAACAAACUCCCUAUAAAUUCAGAAAUGUAUAUUUUCAGUAGUUAUGACAUUGUCGAAAUUGUUCAUAUUAUGGUUUUUCAUCAUUUCUGUUAAUCCUUCCUACGCUGGCACAACUUCACUUUUAUACCUACUAUUAAUAUUUGUAGUUGUAAUAUUGUUAUAACAUUUGCCGCUGGUAAUAUCGAAUAAACCAAAAAUAAUUUUAAUGUAACUGGCAAUGUACAA